CACAGUGGGGCCACCGUGACCGAGGUUGUCAUGAAACUUUCAAAUGUUACUGUUGUGAGUAGAGAGGGAAAGCCAGCUGUAAGUACUACCUGAAUAUAAGUUGUUACUCAUUUUACAAUGCUAGGUUGGAUAGCUUGGAAAAAGUUGGAGGAUACGGCCUUGUCUUCACCAUGAGGCGUCUGUGAAGUAGCAGUGGAUAUAGACAAGGAACCAGAAAUGGAAAGAGAUAAAGCUGGAGCCCCAGAAGAACCGGAAGUGAGGCCAGACAAACAAGAAGGAACAAAUGAAGGUGAUGCUAAUGAAAGUCCAUUAUUAGAGGUUCUGUCCAGCCACGUGACUCUCCUCAUCCCAGAGUUCUUGGACUCAGCGCACACUCAGGAGAAGGCCUUUGUCCAUGAGGUCAGCAACAUACAACACACACCUGCAGAGGAGUCCGAAGUCCCACAGCCCCCAGACACGUUCCCACCUGAGCAGAGCGGUGACAUCUCCAAUUCUUCAGCAAAAACCAUGCAGCCCAAGGAAGGUGACACCCUCAGUUCGUCAGCAAAAAGCAUUCCACCCAAGCAGGGUGACACCCACAAUUCUCAAGCAAAUACCAUCCCGCCCAAGGGGGCUGACACCCCCAAUUCAUCAGCAAAAACCAUCCCACUCAAGCAGGCUGACACCCCCAAUUCCCUAGCAAAAACCAAGCCAGGUGACACCCUCAACUCCCCAGCAAAAUCUAUUCUGCGAAAGCAGAGCAACACUCUCAAGCUCUCAGCAAAAACCAUUCUGCCUAAGCAGGGUGACACUCCCAAGUCCUCAGAAGGAACCAUCCAGGCCAAGGAUGGUGACACCCACAAGUCUGCAAAAGAAACCAUCCAACCCAGGGAGGGUGAUACCCCCAAGUCCUCGGAAGGAACCAUCCAGCCAAGGGAGGGUGACACCCCCAAGUCCUUGGAAGGAACCACCCAGCCCAGGGAGGGUGACAUCCCCAAGUCUUUGGAAGGAACCACCCAGCCCAGGGAGGGUGAUACCCCCAAGUCCUCGGACAGAACCACCCAGCCCAGGGAGGGUGAUACCCCCAAGUCCUUGGAAGGAACCGCCCAGCCCAAGGAGGGUGACACUCCCAAGUCCUCGGAAGGAACCGCCCAGCCCAAGGAGGGCGAUACCCCCAAGUCCUUGGAAGGAACCAUCCAGCCAGUAGAAGGCGACAUCCUGAAGCCAGCAGAAGAAACAGCAGAGCUCCUGGAGAUUGACAUGGUGAAAGUGAUCCUGAGCAAGGAGGACUUCUGGAUGGCACUCAAGGAGGCCGGGGAGAGGCUGGUGGCCGUGGAUUUCUCCGCCAGAUGGUGUGGGCCUUGUAGAACCAUCAGGCCCCUUUUCCGUUUCCUGUCUGUGAAGCAUGAUGAUGUGGUCUUCCUGGAAGUGGACGCCGAUGAUUGUGAGGAGCUGGUGAAAGACCUUGAGAUCAUUUGCAUCCCAACCUUUCAGUUUUACAAAAAAGAAGAAAAGGUGGGCGAAUUUUGCGGCGCCCUUAAGGAAAAACUUGAAACAAUCAUUGCAGAAUUAAAGUAAUCAUGUAUUCUG